CUUCUGGCAACACUCAUCGUUAAUGAUAUAAACUGUCUGCUGUUUUCGAUUUUCUGAUAGAUUCACCUUCAAAAUUUACUUAAAUUUAAGGAGAAGUGAUGGUCUGAGAUAAAAAGUUCUUUUUGAAAAUAUUUAUUUAGAUUUGAAAAUGUCUUCUAAAGUUCCAUUUGAAUUGAUGCCUAUCGACGAAGAGAGUGUUAAUAACGAUUCACUGUCUCGUCCAUCAACAUCUUACAGUUAUCCUCCAAUCGAUGCUAAAUAUUCUUCUUUGCCUUCUGACAAUAUUCCAACUAACUCUGAUUCUGAUCCUGUUCAGAGAUUUGCUCAUCUUGGCUUAGAAAUAACCAGUGGUAUAAUUAGCAAUGUGAUAGCGCAUCCAUGCAUUGUACUCAGACGGCAAUGCCAGGUUAACCGAAAAGCAUCAAGGUAUCACCUGAGUCCUUUAACAUUCAUUCCAGUUGUGAUAAGAUUACAAAAUAGACAGGGUUUAAUUUGUCUUUGGAAGGGAUGUAGUAGUAUAUUUAUACUAAGAGGAUGCUCAGCAGCAUUAGAGACAUUUAUUGCAGAAAUUACACCUUUACCUAGAGAAGUGAAAUCUAGGAUAUCACUUAAGCAACUAUCCCAGCACCUUCUAUUAAAAUUAAUUACCUAUGGAAUCCUUACACCUUUCUACUGCUCUAGCCUUGUUGAAACUGUUCAGAGUGACAUCGCUAGUGAAAAGCCAGGUGUUUUAGAUUGUUUGAAGGAAGGUUUGUGCCGACUAUUCAAAUGGGGAACUCCUCGAUCCACUCGUCUCUUUCCGAUGUGGCAACUAGUUGGGCCGACUGCAUUGCAUGGUUGUUCUGUUUAUAUCCUUUCAUCUUUAAUUCACUCUUUGCUGAGAUGGAUGAGAUCGGUGAAAGACAAGCCAACUCUUGGAAUGGAGGGAGCUGAUUUCUUAACCAAUCAAAGUGCCACAUCUGCUUACUUAGAGAAUUUAUCAAUGCUUCACUUAAGUUCAUUUAUAGCAAGCACAAUUUUAUAUCCUGGGGAAACAAUAUUACACAGAUUGUAUCUCCAAGGAACUCGAACAAUUAUUGAUGACUUGGACACAGGUGCUGCUGUUCUUCCUGUUAUAUCUAAAUAUGAAGGAGUAUCAGAUUGUUUUCAUACCAUUAUAAACGAAGAAGGUGCAUUUGGACUUUAUAAGGGAUUUGGCGCACUUCUUUUGGAAUUUGCUCUGCAGGCAUUUAUUUUAAAAGUAGCUCAGAUUUCAUUCCGAGAACUUGAAUCUCUUUUAAGACCAUCUGUACCCAGAAGAUAAUUGUACUUUUUUUCUUAAAAAUAUAGAUUGGUAAAAAUGUCA